CUAUCCUACACCCGUUGCCGAAUCGUUACCUACUCGUAUUAAUAAUGAUCUUGCUUUGGCCCUGGAACUUAAUGACUCCCGAAACUUCUUCCAAUCCCUUGACGCUAGAUUGAUGUGUCCUGAAGAGUACUAUCCUGAGCCUGCUACGACUCUGCCGCCUCCACCUUCAACAAUGGGGUCGUCUCCCAACUCAUCGACUCCUCCUAGCGACUCUGCUUCUACUCCUUCCGUUUCUUCUCAUGCGAAAACCACUGGCGCCUCUCGGAUUGAGAAGCGUCAGCAGAACACACUUGCUGCUCGCCGGUACCGCCAAAGGCGAGUGGACCAGUUGAAGAAUAUGGAAGAUGAGCUGCGCAAAGUCAAGGAGGAGCGCGAUGCGUUGAAGAUGCGUGUUUCGAAGUUGGAAGGUGAAACGGAAGCCCUGAGAUGCCUUCUUGGCCGGGAAAAGAAGUAGUGUGCUUGUUUUGUAUUCGGAAAGAUUCAUUAAUCAGUGUCAUUGCAAUUGAGA